GUUAUCCAUGAAAAAGGUAAUAUUUGAGCAAUGGCCUGAAGGGGGUGAGGGAGUGAACUGUUUGAGAAAUCUGGGGGAAGGGUAUUUCAGGUACCGGGAACAGCUAGGGCAAAGGCUCUGAGGUGAGACUGCUGGGUGUGGUUGCAGAACAGCAACUAGCAGUGAUUGAGGGGUAGGUGAGGCCAGAGAGAUAAUAGGGGUGAAUGGGGUCAGACCAUGUGAGCCACAUUGAGGACUGGAGCAUUUAUUGGGUGUGAUAAGGGAGAUGUGGUGCGUUCUCAAGUACAGGAGAAAUGUGACCUGGCUUGUAAAAGUCUGGGUGAGACCCUAUGAAUCCCAACCUGAUUGAACCUUUCUGGCAGCCGGCAGGUUAGCUUGUACUCAUUGAGGUCCCCCCCCCACCUCCAAUUAGUGGUUGUGUCUGGGCCAGACCCUCCUCCCCCUACACCCCUCACUUGGGUAGAUCAGUGGCGUAGUCCACUAGUCACCAUGACGAUGGUUGCUAGGAGAGGUUAGAGGUCUUUGUGGCCAUAUAGAGCAGGCUGCCUUGGCAGUUGGGGGUGAUGUUGGGUUGGUGCCGGCAGAAAAUGCCUUUCUACGAGCGUGUCCAGGGUUAUGUCAGUUGUUCUGAGGUCCUGGGCAAUUCCCCCUCUCCACCCAUGGCCAGGUUCAUCACUGCUGCUGCACCCAAGAAUACCUGCUGCUCCCACAGGGGGGCUGCCUCCCUAGAAACCUGCGUUCCAUCGGUUGGACCUUUGCCCUCAGCCAUCCACCCAAGACUCGGUACUCAGGUCGCCAUGGAUCGGAUGAAGAAGAUCAAACGGCAGCUGUCAAUGACACUCCGAGGGGGCCGAAGUGUAGACAAGACCAACAGUGCCCCUGAACAGAUAGGCCUGGAUGAGAGUGGCGGUGGUGGCGGCAGUGACCUUGGAGAGGCCCCCACCCGCGCUGCCCCAGGGGAGCCCUGCUCUGGGCGGGGACUACUCAGCUCUGCACCAGAGAUUGUACAUGAGGACUUGAAGAUGGGGUCUGACUUGAAGAUGGGAUCUGAUGGGGAAAGUGACCAGGCUUCAGCCACGUCCUCAGAUGAGGUGCAGUCACCAGUGAGGGUGCGCAUGCGCAACCAUCCUCCUCGCAAGAUCUCCACUGAGGACAUCAACAAGCGCCUCUCACUACCAGCUGACAUCCGGCUGCCCGAGGGCUACCUUGAGAAGCUGACCCUCAAUAGCCCCAUCUUUGACAAGCCCCUCAGCCGCCGCCUCCGCCGUGUCAGCUUGUCGGAGAUUGGCUUUGGGAAACUGGAGACCUACAUCAAGCUGGACAAGCUGGGGGAGGGUACCUAUGCCACCGUUUACAAAGGCAAAAGCAAGCUCACAGACAACCUUGUGGCACUCAAGGAGAUCAGACUGGAACAUGAAGAGGGAGCACCCUGCACCGCCAUCCGAGAAGUGUCCCUGCUUAAGGACCUCAAACAUGCCAACAUCGUCACUCUACAUGACAUUAUCCACACGGAGAAGUCCCUCACCCUUGUCUUUGAGUACCUGGAUAAGGACCUGAAGCAGUACCUGGAUGACUGUGGGAACAUCAUCAACAUGCACAACGUGAAACUGUUCCUGUUCCAGCUGCUCCGUGGCCUGGCCUACUGCCACCGGCAGAAGGUGCUACACCGAGACCUCAAGCCCCAGAACUUACUCAUCAACGAGAGAGGAGAGCUCAAACUGGCUGAUUUUGGUCUGGCCCGGGCCAAGUCAAUUCCAACGAAGACCUACUCCAAUGAGGUGGUGACCCUGUGGUACCGGCCCCCCGACAUCCUGCUCGGGUCCACAGACUACUCCACCCAGAUUGACAUGUGGGGCGUGGGCUGCAUAUUCUACGAGAUGGCCACAGGCCGGCCCCUCUUCCCAGGCUCCACAGUGGAGGAGCAGCUGCACUUCAUCUUCCGCAUCUUGGGAACCCCAACUGAGGAGACAUGGCCCGGCAUCCUGUCCAAUGAAGAGUUCAAGACACACAACUACCCCAAGUACCGUGCCGAGGCCCUUUUGAGCCAUGCACCACGGUCCCCUUGUCCUUGUGGUAGACUUGAUAGCGAUGGGGCUGAUCUCCUCACCAAGCUGCUGCAGCCCCCACCUCAGUUUGAAGGUCGCAAUCGGAUCUCUGCAGAGGACGCCAUGAAACACCCAUUCUUCCUCAGUCUGGGGGAGCGGAUCCACAAACUUCCUGACACUACUUCCAUAUUUGCACUAAAGGAGAUCCAGCUACAAAAGGAGGCCAACCUUCGCUCUUCGUCGAUGCCUGACUCAGGCAGGCCAGCUUUCCGUGUGGUGGACACCGAGUUCUAAGCCACAGACCCAGGCCCCAGCAGGCAGCAGCUGGAGGGAUGCCACACCCCUCACAGGGCAGCCCCCAACUGCAUCCUCCCUUGCUUGCUGCCUGCCCACCUGCCUGAUCCAUGCUCGCCUGCCCACGUGUUCCCUGCUGCCUGUCCAAACAUCCAUUGGCCUGUCUGCUGGGUGCUAACAAAGCUCUCAUCGCUCCUUCACCUGGUCUGUCUGUCUCUCUCUCUGUCUUAGUAGUAGCCGGCGGACAGCAUGGCCGUGCCAGCCUCCCACACUGAGGCCAGGCCUAUCGCCCUCCCUAUUAUACCCUCCCCCAGGACCACUACCCCAUGGCCAGCUAGGGGUCCGGCCAGCCCAGGCUCGGGAUCUCAACUCAGACAAGAUGUGGCAAUGCCUUGGGUUUGAGGUUCCACCUGCCUGCUUUCCUGCCUGCCCCACCUGCCUCAUGUUGUGUGGGCCUUUUUUUGUUUCAUUCAUUGUUGUUUUUUUAAUUAUUUUAAAUGAGGUUUUCAUUUUUUAAAUGCAAUAUCUCUGUGUACAGACUGGCUGGGCCCCACCCCCCGUGGCCCUCCCAAAGUAUUUUGUGCAAUGAAGCCCUGAUCCCAGCCUUUCCAAGGCAGGGACACAGCCCCUAUUCAGAACCCUGACCAUCCCCAGAUCCUGGGGUUGGCUAAGGGCAAGCAUGCCUCGACCACUCGCCUUCCUACACACACCCCCUCCCCACCACCUGCCAUCCCAGGCUGCAGGGGUACCUGAGGACUACCGGAGACUCUGGGAGAUGGACAAGUGGGGGCCCCCACUCUUUCCCUCCUGCAGUUCCAUAGCUGGGGCCUCCUUCCGUCUCAGGGUCUCCCCAGCCUAGCCCUCUUGCCCCCAUCCCACUCGGUGCUGUUGAGUAGGGGCCCUGCCAGGAACUGACCAACUCAGCGAGGAGCCAUAGUGUGUAUAUGUACACAGGCAGGGGCAGGCAUGUGGGGGGGAGUUGUGCCCAGGUGUUAACCCCUAACCCCUGGGGAGGGUGAGGCAGGGCAGGGACAGUCUCUGGGGUCAGUCCCAGAUGGGUGGUUACCUCCCCUUCCUCCACUCUAAACCCUGGGGCCUUCAAAUGGGGUGGGAGGGCAUGGGUGGGGGCCCUCCUAGUGGGGUUUGGGAGGUUGGGUUCCUGAAUGCACCAUAAUCGCUGUAUGAAACAUUAAAAAGUCUGAAGUGAAAAA